AUGUUUACCUCGGGAUCCACCGGCCGUCCCAAGGGGGUCAUGAUCGAGCAUCGCGGCAUCAUCCGCUUAGCGAAGAGCAAGGGCACACUACUGCGCUCUCCGCCGGAUUACCGCAUCGCUCACAUGGCCAACCUGGCCUUCGAUAUCUCAACAUGGGAGAUCUACACGGCACUCCUGAACGGCGGGACUCUGAUCUGCAUCGACGACAUGGCCGUGAUGAACGCGAUCCGGUUGGAUGAGGUGUUCAGCACCGCGGGCCUCCACGCCGCGAUGUUCACCCCCGCGCUGCUCAAGAGUUGCCUGGACGAACACCCGCAGACACUACGCAGCCUCGGCCUGCUGAUGGUGGCAGGCGAUCGCUCGAGCCCGAAGGACCUGGCCAUGGCGCAGGGGCUGAUCAAAGGUGGGGGCGCGGUCGUCAAUACGUACGGCCCGACGAAGAACACCGGGGGAAGCACGAUAUACCGCGUCCCUCGCGGGGAGCGAUGCGUGAAUGGGGUGCCGAUCGGCCGGGCCCUCACGGACUCCGGCGCCUACGUGAUGGAUCCGAGCCUGCGUCUCGUGCCCCCCGGGGUCAUGGGGGAGCUGGUCGUCACCGGUGCCGGGCUCGCGCGAGGCUACACCGACCCGCAGCUGGACCAGGGCCGCUUUGUGACCGUCGAGAUCGGCGGGCAGCCCACCCGGGCGUAUCGGACGGGGGAUCGCGUGCGGUAUCGGCCAACGGAUGGGCAAUUGGAAUGCUUCGGGCGGAUGGACCAGCAGGUCAAAAUCCGCGGCUAUCGCGUCGAGCUCGCGGAGAUCGAGCAGACCCUGCUCGGCCACGGGUCGGUCAGCGAUGCUGUGGCUGUGGUACAGCAGCAGGAACAGGAGGACGGGGGUUCGGGCAUUUUCGGCUUCGUCACGGUUCUCGAAGCGCAAGACCCAGCCCCGGGUGCGCACCCUGCUGAAGACACUACGGCCGAACAGGUCAGCAGCUGGACUGAUCUCUUCAACACGGACAACUACGGCGCGAUGGCCGAUCUGGGACCUGACACAAUCGGUCGAGACUUCGUCGGAUGGACCUCGAUGUACGAUGGAAACAAUAUUGAUGCCGGGGCGAUGAACGAAUGGCUGGACGACACGAUUGACACUAUCCGUAAUAGCGGGCCACAUGAUACCGUGCUCGAAGUAGGCACGGGGAGUGGGAUGGUCCUCUUCAAUCUGAUCCAUCAUCUUCGGCGGUAUGUCGGCGUGGAGCCAGCGCGCAAUGCAGUCCACCUUGUCACCGCGGCUGUCCAGUCAAUCCCCGGGGCGGCGGAGAAGAUUUCCAUGCGAGUCGGCACGGCGGCGGACAUUUGUCACCUCCAGAGCGACCAGUCGCAUGAUCUUGCCAUCCUGAGCUCGGUUGCCCAGUACUUCCCCUCUCAAGGUUACUUGAUGAAGGCGAUUAAGGAUCUGGUGCAACUGCAGGGUGUGAAGCGCAUCUUCUUGGGUGACGUACGGUCUUAUGCACUUUACCAAGAGUUCCAGGUGUCCAAGGUGUUGCACCGUCUGGGCGACGCAGCGACGGUGGACGACGUUCAACAGACCAUUGCUGAGGCUCCUGGUGUGGAAGAAGAGUUACUUCUUGAUCCUGCGUUCUUCACAAUGCUACCAAGUCAGCUACCCGACCUCAUCGAGCACGUCGAGAUCUUGCCCAAGAAGAUGGACGCAACAAACGAGCUGAGCUGCUACCGCUAUGCAGCUAUCCACGAGGCUCAGGAGAGCGACUGGAUUGACUUUGGGGGCGCUGCGAUGGAUGACCAAUCCCUCUUGGGGCUUCUGCAGAAGUCGACUCAGUCAUCCCUGGUCGCUGUGAGCAACAUCCCGUACCGGACGAUCUUAGAAAGGCAGAUUGUCGAUCUUCUGGAUGAUCCGUCUGUGAAUGUGCUGGCUGCCCGGAACCAGCGGCUCCAGACUCUCCGUCCCAUGGACCAAACCCCUCCGUCACUUUCGCCGGUGGAAUUGGUUGCACUGGCUCGGAAGACGGGCUUCGGGGUUGAGAUCAGCUGGGCCCGGCAGCAUUCCCAGCGCGGCGGACUGGAUGCUAUCUUCCACCGCAACCAGACGCAAAACGAGACAGGCCGAGUGCUCUUCCGAUUCCCCACGGAUCAUGCGGGUAGGUCGCCUCGAUCGUUGAGCAAUCAUCCUCUCCAACAGCGACAGAAUCAGAAGACCGAGCGAGAGCUGCGGCAGAUGCUCCAGGCCCGGCUUCCCCAGUACAUGGUGCCCCGGUUGAUCGUGGUAGUGGACAAGAUGCCUCUCAACAACAACGGUAAAGUCGACCGCCAGGCGCUCGCAAAGCAGGCCCACGUGUGUUCCAGAUCGAAGGUAAUACCAGAGAGAGUAGCACCAGGCAAUGAUACAGAGGAUACCUUGGCUCGAGUGUUUAACGACAUUUUGGGGACAGAGAUUGGCGUUACCGAUAAUUUCUUCGACCACGGUGGCGACUCACUGAAAGCCACCAAGGUCGUGACGCGAAUCAACAACCAGCUGGACACUGCGAUCACGGUGCGAGACCUCUUCCAACAUCCCACCGUGGCGACUCUGGCUCUGGAAAUGCAGACCUCGCUGCUCUCGAGCCCAAAGGUACAGCACCAGGAUUUGCCACCUUUUUCCCUCCUGGACUACGACCCCUCGUCUCUCACCCCGGCCGAGCUUGGCGAGUUAGGGCUUACGUCGACAGACGCCAUCCUCGACAUCCUCCCGUUGACAGGAUGCCAGGUCUGGUUUCUCACCCAAUGGACCCCAGUGACCAUCUCCUUCAUGAUCGACGGUCCCGUAGAUCUCGACCGACUGCGAGCCGCCUGCCGUGCGGUGGUCCAGAAGCACAGCGUUCUGCGUACCGUCUUCACCAGGCUUCGGGGCAGUUUUGUCCAAGUGGUCCUCCGGUCUUUCGCGGAGUGCUUCUCCCACCGGUUAGCAGAACAACAUACCGCGGACUCCUCCUUCUGCGCCGACUGUCCGGGCUGUGAGAUCCCUAAUCUCGGCCGUCAGAACCCUCUGGUGCUAGGCAAACCUCCCACGCGAUUCACGCUGAUCUCUCAGUCGCCCACGAAACACGCCUUUGUGCUCCAGCUCUCGCACGCCCAAUACGACGGACUCUCGUUGCCUUGCCUGUCCUCCGACCUGACCACCGCCUACAGUGCCGGCGGCGUCCUGCCCUCCCCCGCGACCGCCGCUCCGUUCUCGCAGUAUAUGUAUGGCCGCCACCAGCACCAGACGGCCGCGGCCUUCGACUUCUGGCGCCGAUACCUCCGGGGCGCGACGAUGACGACGCUCGCCGGCGUCUCGACCGCGGCCCCGGACAGCGAUAGCAUUACCGACAUCAAAGAAACCGCGAUCGACGCGCUCCCGCGCUGUCUACCGGGGAUCAAACUCCCAACCCUCACGAACGCAGCCCUCGCCUUCACCCUAGCCCAGUACACCGACACCAACGACAUCACCUUCGGGCUGGUGAUGGACACGCGCGAGAACCCGGUGCGCGGCACAACCAGCAUCCUGGGCCCGUGCAUCAACAUCAACCCGGUGCGCGUCCAGCUGCCGGUCGGAGCGGCGGGGUCCGUGCUGGACCUCUGCCACGCGCUGCACGAGCACUACGUCCAGAUCUCGCGCCACAGCGUGCUGGAUCUGGCCGACAUCACCGCCCAGAGCACGCACUGGCCGCGCGGCACGCGGUUCGGGUACAUCGUCAACCAUCUGCCGGGCGAGGGGCCCCCGCCGCUCGCCUUCGACGGCACCGACACCGCGUUCCGGUCCACCGACCUCCGCAUCCAGUUGCCCGACCAGGUGCUCAUCCGGUCCAUCGCGGCGGGCCGCGAGCUGAAGAUCCAGCUCCUCACCUCCAGCGACGUGUUGAGCGCCCAGGAGGCCGCCGCGCUGGCGCGCCGUCUGCUGACCACCGUCCACCGGUUCGCCCAGUUCCCCAACACCCUGCUUUCGGCGCCGUGGCUGGCGCUGUAGGCUGUCGUGUGGUUGGUUGGUGGUUUUCUUCGAUUGGAGAGUUGGAGAUAGUCGACUUCAUGCAGCCCAUGGCAUACUUGCCGCGCAGUUUAAAGCCCUGUUCUUAUCACUGUGCGCCGCGGAGAAUCGGCCUCGGUUCGAGGAGGGAAGGCUGCGAUUGUCCGCUCC